AUGUCUAUCGAUAAAUCCAAAUUAGUCACCCGAUUAGGUAAAUCAGGUUUGAAAGUCAAUACUGUUAUUGUUGGUACUAUGAGAUUAGGUUCCACCUGGAUGGGAUUCAAUGGCGAUAUUGAUGAGUGUUUAAAGAUUUUAAAGUUCUGCUAUGACAAUGGGUUCCGUACUUUUGAUACCGCUGAUACUUACUCCAACGGUAAAUCCGAAGAAUUGUUGGGAUUGUUUAUUAAGAAGUACAAUAUUCCUCGUGAAAGAAUUGUUAUUUUAACCAAGUGUCAUUUCCCUGUAAAUGAAUCAGAUGAUAAAGAUUGGAAAGAUGCUGACCCAAUUGAUUUUAUGAAUGGUAAGGGGUUAAGCAGAAAACACAUAUUGGCUGCUGUUGAGGCUUCCGUUAAACGUUUAGGUACUUAUAUUGAUGUUUUACAGAUCCAUCGUUUAGACCAUGGAGUUACAUAUGAAGAAAUCAUGCACUCCUUAAAUGAUGUUGUUGAACGGGGGUUAACAAGGUAUAUCGGUGCUUCAUCUAUGAAAACUUGGGAAUUUGUUGAGUUGCAAAAUGUUGCUAAAGCAAACGGUUGGCAUCAAUUUAUUUCCAUGCAAAGUCACUAUUCUUUAUUGUAUCGUGAAGACGACAGAGAAUUGAAUGAAUACUGCAAGAAAAAUGGCAUUGGAUUGAUCCCAUGGUCACCAAAUGCCAGCGGUGUAUUAUGCCGUCCAUUUGAUUCUGAAAAGACUCAAAAAUUUUUAGAGAACAAAUGGUGGGCAAGCAUGUUUGGGUUAGGGGAUACCACUGAAAUUGACAAGACAAUUGUUGGUAGAGUUGAGGAAUUGAGUGUCAAGUAUAAUGCAUCUAUGACGCAGAUUUCAUUGGCAUGGUGUCUCGCAAAAGGUGUCAUUCCGAUUGCUGGGGUAUCUAAAUUUGCUCAAGCAGAAGAGUUAGUUGGUAUUUUUAAUGUCAACUUAACGGAGGAGGAUAUCAAAUAUCUUGAUGCACCAUACCAUGCCAAAAAUGUAGCACCAUGUACUGAAUAG